AUGACGGCAUUUUUUCCCAGUGUUCCCAACUGGAUUCAAGAUGCAAAGCAGGAGGAGGAAGAGACAGGCUGGAAAUUAGUCCCCAGACCAAGAGGUGAAGAGACCGAAAGUCAGGGAAAAUGCCAGUGUGAAAUAUCGGAGGCCUCCUUCACGAACGUGGACAAGCUGAGAACUCACGCACUGUCUCACGCUGAGCAGAGGCCGUACAACUGCCCGCAGCUGCACUGUGGCAAAGCCUUUGCUUCUAAGUACAAGCUGUAUAGGCAUAUGGCCACGCACUCUGCUCAGAAGCCUCACCAGUGUAUGUACUGCGAGAAGAUGUUCCACCGCAAAGAUCACCUUCGCAACCACCUCCAGACCCACGAUCCCAACAAGGAGGCCCUGCACUGUCCCGAGUGUGGCAAGAACUACAACACGAAGCUCGGCUUCAGGCGACAUCUGGCCAUGCACGCAGCUGCCAGCGGCGAUCUCAGCUGCAAGGUAUGCCUCCAGACGUUCGAAAGCACCCAGGUCCUGCUGGAGCACCUCAAAGCUCAUUCUAGGCGGGCUUCUGGUGGAGCGAAGGAAAAGAAGCAUCCGUGUGACCACUGCGAUAGGCGCUUCUACACCCGGAAAGACGUGCGGAGACACUUGGUGGUGCACACGGGGCGGAAGGACUUCUUGUGCCAGUACUGUGCUCAGAGGUUUGGGAGGAAAGAUCAUCUGACCAGGCACAUGAAGAAAAGCCACUCCCAGGAACUGCUGAAGAUUAAGACAGAGCCGGUUGACAUGCUGGGUCUCCUAAGCUGCAGCUCAACUGUAGCAGUGAAAGAAGAGCUGAGUCCCGUCCUGUGUAUGGCAUCCAGAGACAUGAUAGGUGGCAAGAGCUUCCCUGGCAUGUUGCCUGUGGGCAUGUACAGCACGCACCUCCAGACCAUGCCGAGCUCAGGGAUGCCCCAUUCUUUGGUUCCUAAUUCUCUUCCCAUGGGAAUGAGCUAUCCUCUGGAGUCGUCUUCUCCCAUCUCCUCCCCGCCGCAACCUCCUCCAAAGUAUCAGCUUGGAUCUACCUCAUAUUUGCCUGAGAAAGUACCCAAAGUAGAGGUGGACAGCUUUUUGUCAGACUUCCCUGGCAGCCUGUCUCUCUCGUCUGGUGAGCCUCAGUCCUCUUCGCCUCAGCCACCCCCCCUGGAUGAGGCUUUGCUUUCCAAGAGCCCUGCUAACCUUUCAGAGGCUCUCUGUGCUGCUAACGUGGACUUCUCUCAUCUUCUUGGCUUCCUCCCCCUAAAUCUUCCCCCUUGCAACCCACCUGGAUCGUCAGGGGGGUUGGUUAUGGGCUACUCGCAGGGGGAGACACAGCCACUGCUUACCACUUUGCAACACCAACCUCAAGAAUCUCCCGGAGCUGGGGCCUCGCUGAACUUUGGGCCCCUUCAUUCAUUGCCCCCUGUCUUCACCUCCAGCUUGAGCACAACCACGCUGCCACGUUUCCACCAGGCAUUCCAAUAA